AUGAACACAUCAAGAAGAUGCGCAGCAAGAUUCCCAGACCUGACGAGAACACCAGAGAUUUGCAAAAAUGUCUCAACCUUCGGACAGAAACGAUGGCUCGCAUCAAGUCCAUCCGAAGUCAACCUUGCACCCGCCACAGAUAGCUCAUCGAUCACUUCUGAAGAGAUCAACAGAGCGCGGACAUACUGUCUAGAUCUGCUUCGACGGUCCGACACUCCCUCAUCUCUACUCCUGCCAUACAUACCCAGCGUCGCCCGAGAUGCGUACGUCGCCCUGCGAGCCUUCAACAUUGAUGUAGCACGCACAGCGGACACAACCUCUACGCCCACCAUCGGUGCAAUGCGACUCGAAUUCCAACGCGAUGCUAUGCGCAAAGCCCUGGCCGGAACGCCGCCGAAGCAGCCCAUCGCAUUGCUAUUAGCAGCUGCAGCGCAAGACCUACAAUACCGCAGUGGUGGCAAAGCAACAUUCAGUCGAGGCUGGCUCCAACGAAUCAUCGAUACGCGACAAAAGCACCUUUCAAAUGCACCAUUCCCGACCAUGGCAAGUCUGGAGAGUUAUUCGGAGAACACCUAUUCCACCCUGCUAUACCUCACGUUGCAGGCAUUGCCCAUGUCCAGCCUGACAGCCGACCACCUAGCUUCACAUAUCGGUAAAGCAGCAGGAAUCGCCGCAAUGCUCCGCGGUUUACCUCUCAUAGCAUUUCUCGGCCCAUCUCCCGCGCACAGCAAUCAAGGCAGUUUCGGCGGUGACGUAGGCACAACGCGGCGGGGCGCAGUGAUGUUACCAGUCGAUAUCAUGGUAGAGGCUGGGGUACGGGAGGAGGAUGUGCUUCGUCAAGGCGCGAGCGCCGCUGGACUGCGUGAUGCUGUAUUUGCCGUGGCAACGCGCGCCAACGAUCAUCUCAUCACAGCCCGGCAGAUGCUGGCAAAUAUUCGUGCAGGUGCUGAGGCCGGGCAUGACUUCGAGCAUGCCGACGAGGAGGAGCACGUUCAACGAUCGAUGCAAAAAGCAGCUGCUACAGAGACGCCCGCGCAAGAAAUUGAGAGGGCGUUUGGUGUGUUCAUGCCGGCGCUUUCGACACAGAUGUGGUUGGACCAACUGCAAAAGUGCGAUUUCGAUGUGUUCAAUGACAAGCUCCGACGGACGAAUUGGAAGCUGCCCUUCAAAGCUUAUUGGGCAUACAGCCGUAGACAAAUUUGA